ACGUCAGUGUGUUGAUGUUGUGCUGGUGACGCGGCAGGCAGGCGGUGAGUCAGCGGCAGUAGUAGUACCUCCGGGUCUGGAAGUGCUGUUGGUGUUAAUAUAAAUUAUUCCACCUAACUACUGCUUUUAUAGAAAAAUGGCGCUUCCUGCAGCUCCCAAUCUGCAGUUAAACUCAGAAACACAAAGCAGCCCGAUGAAUGACGCUGAAAAUAACAUUCACAUCGAUGAGAAAGAACUGGAAAAUCUAACCAGCAAUGAUCAAGACGGUACAGCCCUCCCUCUCCAUUCUCCAUGGACAUUUUGGCUUGAUAGGUCAUUACCUGGAGCUACAGCAGCUGAGUGUGUAUCUAACUUAAAAAAGAUCUACACAGUUCAAACAGUACAGAGUUUCUGGGGUGUUUAUAAUAAUAUUCCUCAAGUUUCUUAUCUGCCUCUGAGGUGCAGUUACCACUUAAUGCGAGGAGAAAGGCGGCCACUAUGGGAAGAAGAAAGCAAUUCAAAAGGAGGAGUAUGGAAGAUGAAAGUACCUAAAGAAAGUACGACUGUAGUUUGGAAAGAAUUAUUACUUGCUACUAUUGGAGAACAGUUUGCAGACUACUGUGCAUCAGAAGAUGAAGUCGUUGGUGUCAGUGUUAGUGUCCGAGAUCGAGAAGAUGUUGUUCAAGUCUGGAACGUUAAUGCAUCAUUUGCAAGUGAAGCAACUAUUUUAGGAAAGAUCUAUGAGCUUCUCCCACACAUAUCUUUUAAGGCAGUAUUUUAUAAACCUCACGAGGAACAUCAUGCUUUUGAAGGAGGCCGUUCAAGACACUAGCCGUACCUUGUCCAAAAUUUACACUUCUGUUGUGUCUCUUCAGUUGAACAUAGUGUACUGGAUUUCACCCUUGCUGAAACAGUACUUAAAUUGGUUUCUUAAAUUGAAACUCUACAUAAUUUGUGGUAAAACAUCAAAAGCAACCAUCUCAAUUUGUAAAGUUUGGCAUAAUGUUACAAUUUAUAAAUUGCUGUGUAUGUUAUAUUUUAAGUGCUAAAGAGAUUUUUUUUUUUUCUUUUAACCAUUCCCUCAUGUUUGCCAUUUUUCCUAACCAUGAACUUUUUGGGGUCGUUCCUGCUCUUCCAAGUGGUUUUGUUCAAAUACGUUGAUUUUGUAAACAACUUUAAGUAGAGCACAUGGGUAACAAGCAGCUCAUUCUAAUGUUUUUGUACAAGUGUGCAUACUCGCUUGUAUAACUUUUAAAUGACGGCUGUUUUAAAUCAUAAUCUUGAUCCAUUCCUAGUGGUAAACGAAUACUGUCUUUGUCCCAUGGGAAGAAGUAAUGCACUGCAGUUUUUUUUUAGCUCACAGGUGUAUAAAUUUUAAGUUUUUUUGUAAAAGUAUUGCACUGAUUUUUCACAAUAUCAGUAGCACAUAAAUACUGUAGUGGUAGUUGCUGGUUUGCUCUUGUUUCUCUGCUGUGUUUACAAUAUGGUGAUUUAGUUUAUUCUUUGUGUGUGCCAAACAAUUUAAGUAUUUCAACUGGCAUCUGCACAGUAUUUUUUGAAGAUACAGUAAUAACAUUGCCAGUGCUUAAAUAUAACCCCAGUGUGUCUGUCUAUUGUGCAGUGGAAUCUAUGAUUUGAUUUAAAUGACUAUUAGACAAAGGUUAUAAGUGUGGUCUCCAUGUAACCUGUUUUACAGCAACUUUCUUUAAUACAUAUUACUUAGUGUGAUAGUCACUUUUUUAAAUUGCAGAUAUACAUACUUUCACACUUGUGCCAGUCAUUUCACAUAAAUUGACUGAUUUAAAACAGUGACUUUCACAGAUUCCACUGUGCAAUGUAACAUCUCAAUACAAGGUGCACUGUAUUCCCCUGCAUGAAAUGUCAAAUGUUUCAGAGUAGACAAAGUAGGUUUGAUGUGAAAAUCCUUAGCACAAAGAGUCAGUAUAUUAUGUGUACUGUAUUUUAUGUAAUAAUACCAUGUCAAGAUUGUAGCUCUCUUUGUUUUGUCACCAAAUUAAAACAGUUUGAAUGGGCCUUGCUUGUAUUGGGGGAAAAACAAUUGGCCAGAUUUAUACUGUCACAGUACAAGUUUAUAUUGAACAGUGGUGUACAUCCAAAUGCCUGUAUUGUCACCUUGGAUUGGGAGCUGUUUGUACAUAUCAUUGCUAUGUAACCCAAAAAUUAAUAUUUUAAAUUGUUACAUGGUGUAGAGUACAACACUGAAAAGCUAUGAAUGUACACUUGCCCUACCAUCAUUAUUCCCAGAUAACAUCUAGUUUGGAAUUUUUUGCUAUAGAGUUGCUAAAACACCAAGGAGUUCAAGACAUUCAUUAUUUUAGAUUUCGUUUUAUAAACUUUGAAUCUUCAAAAAUAUUAAAAUGCCCAUAAGUGUUUCAAAUACAUUGUCAACAUAGAUUAAGGUGAGUUAUGGGUGGCCAGCUUUUUUAUCACUUGGGUCUAUCAAUGUGAAAAUGCACUAAAGCACAAAAAUGUUAAACUUUGAGUUUAAAGUUAUAUUUUAGUAAACAUACAUUAGGCACAUCAAUGUAAUCCAGAUUUCUUUUUUUUAAUACAGCAGUUGUAUGAAGCAUCCUUUAAAGUAUAGAAUUAGAUGUUUUUUAAUAAGUAUAUAUAAAUAUGUAAAGAUAGUUGUCAGAUAUGAGACCUUGUGAAAGCUAAUAAUGUUCAUAAUUUACAGAAUGUGCCUUGUGUUCUCCCAGGGUUUAAACAUUUAUAGAAUGUGAUGUUUAUUUGAACUUCUUUUUAAUAGUUCUUCUGUAUAUGAAAUAUUUUUUUGCUUCUAGGUUGAAAAAAAACAAUUCAAA